CAGUAGGUGUGUCAGUCAGGGGGAGUAGAGUCUAAGUGGUGAGGAGUGGAACCGCUAUCUGGUUGUGCACCUUUCACCAUGGUUGACACCCGUAGUGGGAAGAGUACUGCCCCCUCUGAGGCCGAGCAGGCCCGGAUCGCCGCCCUUCUGAGAGAGAAAAAGGAGAAGAAAGAGCUCCUUAAGCAGGUGAAGUUAAAGGCCAUUGCAGAGGAGCAGGUGGCGAAGAAGAAGAGAUUGGAGGAGGAGAUGCUGAGAUUUCAAAAGGAGAAGAUGCUGCAAAUACAGCUAGAGGAAGAGGAAAGAAGAAGGGCUGCAGAGGAAGAAGCAGCCGCAACGGAGGAGGAAGAAGAAGAAGAAGAGCCCCUUGAAAGAGGACGUGGAGAAGAGAGAGGGGAAGCAAGUGGCACAAAGGAGGAGGACAGAUGGAGGGAGAAGAAGAUUAGUGAAUGGGUGGCUAAUUUAUCAUUGGAAGAAGAUGAUGAGGCACAGCGAUAUGUGCCACAGGAGGAGAGGGAGGCGUUUGCCAGGGCCCUGGAGUCAAUAGAGGAUCUCCUGGAACGCCAGGCGACAGAAGAUGAAAAGAAGUUGGAGUGGAAGUUGAACAUGAUGAGGGAAAAGAAGAGGAGGGAGGAAGCCAGCAGAAUAGCCGGGGGAGAUAACUCCUUGGCACAUUGCUGCCUCAGUGCUCCCUCGUUCGCGCGAUUAGUGAAAAAGGAGCAAUUAGAGGAUCAGGUCUUUGUAGUGUAUGUAAGGUCUGUCACAGAGCCUAAUCAAGAGGACAGUUCCAUGGAUCCAGCCAUUGCCAAGCUGUUGGAAGAGUUUAAAGAUCUCAGAGAGCCGCCGACAGGAGUAGUGCCGCGACCGAUCCAGCACAGGAUAGAGAUAGAGCCUGGCAGUAAAACUCCUAAGGGCGCAGUCUACAGGAUGUCCCCUAGAGAGUUAGAGGAGCUGCGCAAGCAACUAGACGAGCUCCUUGAGAAGGGUUGGAUUAGGCCCAGUUCGUCUCCUUUUGGAGCACCAAUUUAUUUUUUCCCUAAGAAGGAAGGAGAGUUGCGAAUGUAUAUAGACUAUAGGGGUCUGAAUGCUAUCACAGUCAAGAAUGUUGAACCACUGCCCAGUAUAGACGAUCUCUUAGAUCGGGUGCAGGGUUGCAAGUAUUUCUCAAAGAUAGAUUUGAAGUCCGAUUAUCAUCAGAUAGAGGUCCAUCCUGAUGACCAGUACAAGACUCCAUUCCAGACUAGAUAUGGGCAUUAUGAAUUCAUAGUGAUGCCCUUUGGAUUGACCAAUGCGCCAGCGACAGUUCAGCGAUGUAUGAACGAUUUGUUUAGGCCUUGGUCAGAUAGAUUCGUCGUAGUUUAUUUAGACAAUAUCUUAGUGUUUAGUAGGACCCUCCAAGAACACCAGGGUCAUUUGAGGAAGGUCUUGGAGAAGCUGAGAGAAGCUAACUUCAAGAUCAAUGCAAAGAAGUGUGAGUGGGCCAAGACACAAGUUUUGUACUUGGGCCUAGUGUUAGACGGAGAUGGCAUUAAACCUGAGGACAGUAAGAUAGCGCCGAUUAGAGAUUGGCCGACGCCCCACACAUUGACUGAGUUGCGGUCGUUCUUAGGCCUGGCUAACUAUUAUAGGAAGUUCGUGAGGAACUUCUCCACUAUCGCCGCUCCCCUUCGCAAAUUGCUCAAGAAAGAGGCAAUCUGGCAGUGGGAUAAGGAUUGUACGUCUGCGCUAAAGAAGUUAAAGCGCGCGUUGAUAGAGUACCUUGUCCUUAAAGUAGCGGAUCCGUCCUUGCCAUUUGUCGUCACCAUGGACGCGAGUCGGUAUGGUAUAGGCGCCGUGUUACAGCAGGACGACGACAAUGGCUACAGACCCGUAGAGUUCAUGUCAGCGAGGAUGCCCUCAAAGAAGGUUGCUACCUCGACGUAUGAGAGGGAACUCUACGCUCUCAUGCAGGCUUUAGAGCACUGGAAGCAUUAUCUGCCUGGGAGGCACUUCAAGGUGUAUUCAGACCAUGAGACACUUAGAUGGCUGAAGACACAGACCAAGAUGACACCUAAGUUGAGUAGGAGGGCCGCUGAGAUAGACCAGUACGACUUUGAGCUCAAGCUGGUUAAGGGAAAGUACAAUGUAGUUGUGGAUGCUCUGAGUAGGAGGUCAGACUACUUUGGAGCCAUAGUUCACUAUCUGGACAUAGGGCGUGACCUGCAAGAGAAAGUUAGACAGGCGUAUGCGCAGGAUCCUAUCUAUAGUGACCUCCUCAAGAGGGUUAAAGAGGGUUAAAGAGGUUCCAGAGACCGAGCCAGAUUACCGAACUACAGAGGGUUUGUUAUUCGAGAAGACUAAUUUAGUAGAUCGCCUAUGUGUUCUCAACAGUGAGGAAAUCCACAGUUUGAUCCUAGGGGAAUGCCAUGAUACAGAGGGACACUUCGGUUGGCAAAAGACUUUAGCCAAUCCUAUGCACGCGUACACAUGGCCAGGAAUGAAAAACGAUUGCAUAG